AUGAUUUUAUCAAAGCCAGAAGCCGCUUCUACAUCUCAGGGUUGGACAGAUAACGAAAUUUUCAACAACAUAAGAGGUGAACAAAGGCGCCACAAAAAAUCUUCGCUUACUUUGCCGCACGUAAAGAGAGCAGAUGAUUGUAAGAAACUGACAGUCAACAAUCAGUGUAAGGACACGAACAAGUUGCCAAAUAUUGCCAAUCACUACGAUAGCUCCUCGAAUUCUCCAGAAGAUUCUAGAAAAGCGCAGAGGGAAAAGGAACUAAUAAAAUGCUACAGCAAACCGAAACGAGGAUCUAAAAAUAAGUUUAUUAAACGGCUACCCCACGGAGAUAGGUUCCGCAGACCUGUUCCAGGUGAUAUGGAUAGAAGAGACAGUGGAGUUGAGAAAAAAUUGACUCCCGAUGAGACUAUUCUGCGGCUCACUGGUGGUAUUGAGCUUGUACCGCUUUUGGCAAGACGAAGACGAGUGGGCGCUCGUACAUUGCCAUCUAGUGAUGUCACUAGAUUACCGGAAGAGACAUGCCAAUGGCGUGAAUUAAUGACUGAAGACUAUUUGAGACAGUUAAAACAACAAAUGCGUGUUAAAUGCUUACAAAAAGAGGAGAGUCGUCGCAACUCAGCAGAGAGUGUGAAGCAGCAUCACGAGACUUGGGCUUCGUUAUGGGGUCGUCCAGGGCACGGAGCCCCUCAGCUACGUGGACGAUACGCGCGCAGUAAUCUUGCGCAACUACUCUACGUAGCGCCCUUCAAUGAUCCUAUCGAAAACGUUUAG